CUGUUGACGUUGGUUGCGUUUGGUCGCAUUUGUUAGCUACGAGUCCUGCUCGACGGGAAGAUGGUUAACACUGACAUUCCCAGAUCAUGUGUUGUUGAGAUAUAAGAGAAGAAACAAAGUGCCAAGUGAAUUGUGGUCGCGUGGUGUCUUUCGCGUGCCGCCAAAGGAAUACGGACUAACGAUCGGUCGAAGAAACGGGAUUCGGAAAAUAAUUCCCCGAUGGACAGAGGUGCAGGCGGUUGGAUUACAGGAACAACUUGGAAUUGAAAAACCGAUGGAAUUGCGGAGUGAACCUUACUGCGGUUUGGUUUUUCGGGAUUUAUGUUACAUAGCUCUAGCAUUGCAACCGCAUUCUUGUGACUGAAUGUACGUUGGCUUACACAAGUAUUGAACCGAAAACAUCAACAAACCCGUGGUUUGUGCACGUCGCAUGGUGGUUAUUGUGGGCCAUUUCGGAACAGUGAAAACAAUUCGGGUUUGUGGCGACAAAAACGACUUUACCGGCAUUGCAUCGCUGUUAUCUGAAUAUUUACUCAACGUUCAAGUGGAUAAGUGAAAAAUUUGAAAAGUAACAGAGGCGGGUUUUGCGGUUGAAUUUUUUGUUGUAUCCGUCAGGCAGUUUGUUGUGGUGUAAAAAAUGACAACUUCCGACUUCGUUGAAUACUAGAAUCGCUGCGCGAAAAAAAAAUCAUUCUAAAACUACAAUCCUGCUGAAACGGUAGAUUAGUGAAACGAAAAUUUUCAAUAACAUCAAAGACGCAUCCCAACUGAUAUUUGCUCGAACGACGACGCAAUGCGGUGCGCAAAGAUUGGUAAGCUACCGGCGACGCCGGUGCUUUUGAUGGCUUUGGUGGUUGCGGUUUCCGCCACCGCAACCAGUUCAGUUUACGUGGAAAAAUCCGCGUACAAAAACAUUGUCAUCGAGAUCAGGGAUAACGUACCGGUGGAAAACUGUCAAACGAUUCUGCACAACGUCGAGAUAAUGCUGACGUCGGCUUCGCAAUACCUGUUUUCGGCCUUGGACGGGCGAGUUUACUUCGGCGACAUCAGCGUCAUUUUGCCUCCGCAUUGGCCCAAUUCCUGCAUUCCGUACAACCAAACGCGAACCUCGGCUAGCGGGGAACGCAGUGAUGUGACCAUAAAGACACACAGCAAAACCGAGUCCCCACUGUGGACGAAACAGUUCGCCGGUUGUGGAGAAAUGGGUGAUCAAAUCUACAUAGAUGCAGAUAUUCUGGGUAGGGACACUAUCGGUAGGGAGUUUGUCAGAGAGUGGGCCAAAUAUCGUUAUGGAGUGUUUGAAGAAAUCGGUUUUACCAAAGAUCCAAUUUAUCCGCGAUGUUACAUCAACGACGAUCACGAACUGAAGUUAACCGGUUGCUCGGAUGCACCGGUUCACGAUCGUGGUCUCUGUGGGAACCCUGCGUCGUACAAUAUUAGCGAUAUCGUUGAUCGUAAUGCUCGAUCCAGUAUAAUGUUCGCCGCGGAAGCACCUAGCGUUACCAUGUUCUGUGACGAAGGAACUCACAAUCGAUACGCUCCGACUAAACACAAUCAACUGUGUGAUCGCCGAAGCACGCUGGAUGUGAUUCUGAAACACCAAGAUUUCAUCAUGGAAAAUCAAAUCAAUGUGAACCCAACGAUCAUCGUUAACACGACACCAAAGUUUAGCUAUAAGACGCGAAAGUCCACCCGUUACGUGAUCAUUAUUGACGAGACAUUGGACAUGCAACUCCGGGAAUCCUGGAGUUUUCUUCGUUCCGCCAUUCGGAAAUGGGUCGUUUACGAUCUUCCACCCAACACCGAAGUCGGAAUGGUGCUGGCAAAUGAUACUGCAACCGAAAAAAUGCUACAAAUAUCUCCGCUCUACAUCCAAGAAAACAAAGACCUGGUGGCGUCCUUCAUUCCCUAUUCCCCGAGUGAUUCUCGUCAACCGGCGUGUCUCAGCUGUGCCGUUGCGGACGCAAUCCACAUGCUCAAUGAACGCACCCGCAUGAAUGGUCCUGCCAAUUCAAUCGUUUUAAUCAUUGCUCCGGGAAUGGAAUACUCCAUCGACCAUCACACCCUUGCGAACGCGGCCAGUAGCUCUAGGAUUCGCAUCUCAACCAUCAACUACCCGAACGUUAUUCGGCGGCAACCGUUGGAUGCACUGGCUCUGUCUACCGGUGGAUCGGCCUACUCAGUAUUCGAAAGCAAAUACAACCUUGAGAAGAGUUAUCUUACGACGUACUUCGAACUAUCCAAUGCGUUAUUCAACAUCGGUAAGCUGUACUACGAAGGAAACAAGAAUGAUCUUCCAAUCGAGAUCUACCGCAAACAACUGGUCGAUUCGGAUGACAACGAAGCAUCCCACAUGCUAUCGAAACGAACCAGUAGAACCGUUUCCGGGAAUUUCAAUCUGGGCUCGUUUAUGGGUCCUCCGGCUUACUUUUUUGUCUACGUGCAUAACACCGAGUACCCGUUGAUAGCAAGUAUGAAGCUUACCAGUCCGAGUGGUAUCGUUUAUACGUCCAGAAGUGAUGCCAGAUCGUUGGUGAAACAGUUGAUGGUGUCCGCGACGCUCAACGAAACCGGAAGCUGGAGCUAUACGAUUGAUCGAUUCAACGGAAAUCCUCAGCCUCAUUUUGUGCAGGUCAUUGCCACACCCCGUUCGAAGUACGCCCCUACAAUCCAGGCCCGAUCGUGGAUUAAACAGCGCGUGGGCGGAUCUCCGAUCAUCUACGCUGAGGUGAAGAAAGGCGAUCUACCGAUAAUAGCGGCAUCGGUAGUGGUGACGGUAUCCCGUCCCGAUGGGAUUUGUCCGGCCGGAAGUGGUAAUGAUUGUCGACAAAAGUUCCACUUGUUGGAUACGGGCUCCGGUGAUCCGGAUAUUACUAGGAAUGAUGGUAUCUAUUCGAGAUACUUCAAUGCCGACGAUUUUGGAGGUGCCGGAGCAUAUCAGUUCGAGGUUACAGUAACUGACAAUGGAAACAUGGCUUACACACGAUCUGAGAGUGUGUUGAAAAAUGCACCUCCCAGAUGUUGCGGUAGCUCAAUCCGCAGUAAUUUGAUAUCAUCUAUCGUACCUUUCCAACGAUCGCUGCAACCAAUAACGGUGUUCCUGUCACAGGAUCAACUGGACGAGAUAGGAUCGCGCACUAUUGGAAAAAUUAGCGAUUUGAUUGUGGAUGUUGAGGGGAUGAGAGUUCGCCUAAAUUGGACUACACCUGAUAUGGGUGGUAGAACUAUCGCUCGUUAUGAAAUCAAGUACGCUACGUCAAUUCGAGACAUUGUAGACUACUAUGACACGGCCGCUUUCCUGUGGCAUCACGAUACACCACUCAUCAACUCGAUCGGGGAAGAGAGUUCCUUCACGAUGAACCUGUCCCAUGAACCACACCUGAUCGGUCAGGUUCUCUACUUUGCUGUUCGAGCGCAUGCUUUGGGAGUGGCCGGUGGAUCAACGUCGAACUAUGUGCGAGUGUUUGUGCCGAAACCCAAACGAGCCACGUCGUUGUCGCCGUCUACCUCAAUUGGAACGGAAAGCUACGAAACGGUUUGGUCUUCGUACGAUGAAAUUCGAGACGGUCACAACCGGAGAGUGAAUAUUCAUCAGCGAAUUGCCGAUACGAUCAGUUUAGAGGUGGAAGUUCUUCUGGCAAUCAUUGUCGGAGUUAUAUUCCUGAUCAUCAUCAUUCUUGUCUGUUGCUAUUUUUAUUUCUUUAAAAAGCGAGACAGCUCUCACGAGGAUGAUCAGAAGCGGCCAAUCAAACCAUUCCCUACAGAAACGAAGUCCUCGUUGGGGCAUAGCGUAUUUGUUACAUCGGGCAACGUGACUUCGUCCUCUUCGAACGCUACCAGUUCAACGUCCGCAUCCCCAGACUAUGUUCAGCAAACAAACAUCUCCACCAACAUCCCCACCAUCUACAACUCCAGAACUCUUCCGAUCGAACAGAAACUGAUCGAUGAACUCAAGCAACAGCAGCAGAUAGGAGAUACCCAAUCAUUCGUUCACGCGUCCACCGAAGUGAUGAACUACAAUUCCACCUUGUCGCGUGGAUGCAAACCGACGGUAACAUUCAGUGACACCCGAACACUGAGUCCCUUUGAGUCAUGGUCGGCAUCUCAGCUGUUACAGGAACACGAGCAAAAUCAACGCCGUCGCAGUCCUAGCCUUAUUGACAACUUCUUGGACAACGAUGUUCAGCAAUUCUACACUAGUCAACACGAUCAAACGUCCUUGUUGAAUAGCAACCCACCAAUGCCGCCUCCACCAGUCUAUUCCACAACGAACCCACCAUUCUACUAUGAACAACAGCAGUCUCAUCAACUACAGCAUCACCAGCAUCUUCAACAGCAACAACAACAACCGCACCAAUAUAGCCACGAUUCUUUAAACCCGAUGACAACUCCACUGCACGUUACCAUAACGUAAUAGCUGACAGAUGCAGCUAGUGACACUCAUUAAAAAAUGUACCUACAUGUACCAGAUGAUGCCAGUAACGAGAGAACUAUGAUGGAAUAUUUCUAGGCUGUACGAAGAACGCCUGGAGAACGAGUGCAGUGGCUGUGAUGAACGAUGCUUACAGUAGUGAAUGGAGAAUACAAACACAAUAAGUUUAAUUGCCAGAAAGACUGAUUUCAAGUUGAGAGCUCCGAUAGGGUUUAGUUUGAGGUUUUGCAUCGCGUCGGAAUAUAAGGCUGACGAAUGGGAAUUUUAUUUGAUCGCACUGCAAAAAUUAGCGAUAGAGUUGUCGAAAAAAAUAAACACAAAAGAAUAAUUGUAGUGUUCGGAUACUCAGCUAUUAAGGAAAUUGAUCGAUGUUGCUAGUCCAUGAUUCAAAGUGUUAAACUAAAAGUUGCUUUGGGUCGUUCUCCUGUAAAUAUAUGCAAGCCAGUAAUAGAGUAUGUUUAAGAAGAUGAUGUAAAUAAAGUUGCACGAAUAAAAAUUGAUAGAAAUGAUAUGCAAAA